GGUUCGGCUCAAAAAAUUAUUUGUAAUUUCGUUAUUUCUCGUCUCGCGCUCGCCUCGAUCAAUUAUUCGCUAUUUCGCGACUCGCAAAAUGAUCGAAUCCGUUCCGACGACCCCGUUCGAGGGCCAAAAACCCGGCACUAGCGGUCUGCGGAAAAAGGUGAAGGAGUUUACGCAGAAAAACUACACGGAGAACUUCGUCCAAUGCAUCCUGGACGCGAACGGAGCGGCCCUCGCCGGAUCUACGCUCGUCGUUGGAGGCGACGGUCGGUAUUUCUGCAAAGAAGCCUGCGAACUGAUCGUGAAACUGUGCGCCGGGAAUGGGGUGCGCCGGCUGCUCGUCGGCCAGAACGGGAUCCUCUCGACCCCGGCCGUUUCCAGCCUGAUCCGGCGCCACAAGGCCCUGGGGGGUAUCGUGCUGACCGCGUCGCACAAUCCCGGCGGUCCGGAGAACGAUUUUGGCAUCAAGUUCAACUGCGAAAACGGGGGCCCAGCCCCGGAUGCCUUCACCAACAAGAUCUACGCGCUGUCCGGCGAGAUCAAGCAGUACAAGCUGGCCCAGGUGGCCGUCGAUAUCUCGAAGCCCGGUGUAACGAAUGCCGAGGUUGCCGGGAACCCCUUCACCGUCGAGGUGAUCGAUUCGGUGGCCGAUUACGUUACGCUGAUGAAGGAGAUCUUUGAUUUCGAGCGGCUGAGGGACUUUGUAAGUGGUAAAUCGCGACCGGGCGGUCAACCGCUGAAGAUGCGUAUCGAUUCCAUGAACGGCGUAACGGGAAGCUACGUGAACGAGAUCUUCAUCAACUGUCUUGGUGCAUCGACGGAUGGGGUCGUGCACACGACUCCACUGCCGGAUUUCGGUGGUCUUCAUCCCGAUCCCAACCUGACGUACGCCAAGGAUCUGGUGGAUACGGUACGGGCCGGUGAUUACGACAUCGGAGCAGCGUUCGACGGUGACGGCGAUCGUAAUAUGAUCAUUGGCCGGAAGGCAUUCUUCGUGACGCCGAGCGAUUCGCUGGCCGUCAUCGCCCACUACCUCGAGUGCAUUCCGUACUUCAAGCGUCACGGUGUACAGGGUCUGGCGCGCAGCAUGCCCACCGCUUCGGCCGUCGAUCGAGUGGCGGAAGCACUGGGCAAGGAGAUGUUCGAGGUACCGACGGGCUGGAAGUACUUCGGUAAUCUGAUGGAUGCCGGGCGGUUGUGCCUGUGCGGUGAGGAAAGCUUCGGUACCGGUUCGAACCACAUCCGAGAGAAGGAUGGUGUCUGGGCGGUACUGGCCUGGCUGUCGAUCAUGUCGCACACGGGCAAAAGCAUCGAGGAGAUCUGCGUCGAACACUGGAGGCGCUACGGGCGUAACUACUUUACGCGCUACGACUACGAAGAGUGCGAUCUGGCACCGUGCAAUGAGAUGAUGGCCACGCUCGAGAAGACCAUCACCGAUCCGGCCUUCGUUGGCCGAGAGCUGAGCGCCGGUGGAAAGACGUACAAGGUGAAGCUGGGCGAUAACUUUAGCUACAACGAUCCGAUCGAUAAGUCCGUUUCGACGAAGCAAGGUCUACGGAUUGUGUUCACCGAUGGUAGCCGUGUGGUGAUGCGCCUCAGCGGUACCGGCAGCUCCGGUGCCACGGUUCGCCUGUAUAUCGAUUCGUACGAGAAGGAGAAUGUGCUCGGCAGCGCAUCGGAGAUGUUGAAGCCACUGAUUGACAUCGCACUCGAGGUGUCCAAACUGCCCAGCUACACCGGUCGCAAUGCCCCGACCGUUAUCACGUAAGCCGUGUCUCGUGCCGAUGUCCUCGCGCAAGGAAUCCUUACUUCGAGUUACCCGAUAGUACACACACGUACGAGAACGCGGCAGUGUGCAUUUCGAUGUUUUGUUGUUCUAUAAUCUAGGAUUGUUUUUGAUUGAUAUUAAUGUUAGCGUGCACAGCCAAUAAAGUUGAAUUUGUUUUUCGAAAAGUGA